AUAAACGCAUGGUUGGCUGGCUGAAGCUUUUCCAGUUUUCCAUCCAUGGCCACUUAUUGCUUGACGUCUUCAUUACAUUCUUGUUCUUGUUCUUCUUCUCCACCGGCCUGUAAAUCCAAAAUCAAUUCCACAGAUUCUUUAAUUUCCUUAAUUCGCUUCCCCCGCAGAAAUGAAAUAUCUUCCUUCACCUCCCCAUUGUCUUCUUCUUCUUCCUCUUUUAUCCUAUGUCCUAAAAAGCCUGCUACUUGUAGAGAGGAUUUCACCGUUUCAGCACUUGUUGAAGAUGAAAAACAACAGUAUUCUUCUGGAUCCCCCAUUUCUGGAAAUGGGUACAGCUUGCAGGAGGAUUUCGAGUUCAGGAAUUCUUUUAAACCAUUUGAACUCUACGUCUGUAAUCUUCCCAGAAGCUGUGGCAUCCCUGAGCUUCUAAAUCAGUUCGAAACGUAUGGUACCGUUCAAUCUGUUGAGGUCCCAAGAAAUGUGGAGACAGGGAUAAGCCGGGGAUGUGGGUAUGUGACCAUGAGCUCUCUCAAUGAAGCCAAAGCUGCAAUUGCUGCUCUAGAUGGAUCUGACGUUGAUGGACGUGAGAUGCGAGUCAGGUUUGCAGCCGAUAUGAAUAGUAAAUGGGGAAGCGCCGUAACUAGUUCACGACCUCAAAAGAACUUGGUAUUUGAGUCACCUUACAAGGUCUAUGCUGGUAAUCUUGCAUGGAGCGUCAAACCUGAGGACCUGAGAAAUCACUUCAGCCAGUUUGGUACUGUGGUUAGCACGACGGUGCUGCACGAUCGUAAAGGUGGAAAGAAUCGUGUAUACGGGUUUCUUUCAUUCUCGACACCUGCAGAACUUGAAGCUGCAAUGUCCUUCGAUGGCACAGAAUUUUAUGGUAGAACAUUGAAACUUCGAGAAGUUAUAAAUUGGCCCCAGUCCGAGCCUGAGCCUGAGCCCGAGCCGGAGUCUUGAUUGGAGUUGGAUGCAUAUAAAACAGGAAGUGACGAUUAUACAUGGUUUUCGGUCUUUUUGAAAAAGAUCCACAUUAAUUCGUAGCUUUGACGACAAACCUAUAUGUUGUUACAUCGUAUAUGAGUUGAUAACAUGCCAUCAAUUUUGUAAAUCACUUGUUGAUUUGGGUCCAUCUUUGAAGUAUACCUUUCUGUUAUAUUGAA